AUGGCUGGCUGUCAGGAACGCUUGACCUUCAGGGAUGUGGCCAUCGAAUUCUCUCGUGAGGAGUGGGAGUGCCUGGACCCUGCCCAGAGUGCCUUGUACAGGGACGUGAUGGUGGAGAACUACCAGAACCUGGAACCUGAUAGCUCUGCUAGAUUCAUGAUCAAGGAAUUAUUACCAAAGAAAGAAAUUGAUAACAGAGAAUUAUGCCAGCCAGUGGUCUUGGGAAGACAUGAAAGCCAUGGCCUUGAAGAUUUUGACUUCAGGGAAGUUUGGGGAGAUAUGUCUGAUUUUGAGAGUAACUGUGGCUAUGAAGAAAGAAAUUCCAAAGGAGUACUUGUGACAGAUAUUGUAAAUCUUACUGGUAGAAAAGAUAAACAAGACAGCAAAUCCUGGAUUAAUUUACCUUUAAAGCAGCAUGCUUCUUUAAGAAAAAGUACAUAUCAGUAUUUUAAGCAAGGGAAGUCAUUAGUAAAAAAUUUGUUAAAAAAUAAUAUAGUCUAUACAGGAAACAAGUAUACGAAAUGUUUUGAAGAUAGAAUUGGGUAAAGCUUUCAGUCACAUCUGGUUGAACUGCAGAGAUUUCAAACUGAGGACAAAAUUAACGAAUGUAAUCAAGUUGAGAAGUCUGUCAAAACUUGUUCUUCAAUUUUGCCACUUCCAAGAUUUCUUCCUGGUGUCAAAACCAACCUCUGUAAUAAAUAUGGAUGGGUUUUUAUGUAUCCUUCAUUGUUCACACAGCACCAGAAAACAAAAAUUAAAGAAAAACCAUACAAAUGUAAUGAGUGUGAAAAGACUUUUAGCCAUCAUUCAGCCCUUACUAGUCAUCAGAGAAUUCAUUCUGAGCAGAGACCUUACAAAUGUAAUGAGUGUGGUAAAGCCUUUAAGCAGUUCUCAAACCUCACAAGACAUCAGCGAAUCCAUACAGGAGAGAAACCAUAUAAAUGUAGUAUCUGUGACAAAGUCUUUAAUAAAAAUUCCCACCUUACAAAUCACUGGAGAAUUCAUACUGGAGAAAAACCACACAAAUGUCAUAAAUGUGGUAAGGGUUUUAUCAAAUGUUCAGAUCUCUGGCGUCAUGAGAGAAUUCAUACUGGAGAGAAACCUUACAAAUGUAAUGAAUGUGGUUAGGGUUUUACCAAACGUUCCUAUCUUUGGGAUCACGAGAGAAUUCAUACUGGAGAGAAACCAUACAAAUGUACUGAAUGUGGCAAGGUUUUUAGGCAGUGGUCUACCCUCAGGAUUCACCGAAGAAUUCAUACUGGUGAGAAACCUUAUAAAUGUAAUGAGUGUGGCAAGGCCUUUAGUCAAAAUUCAAACCUUACAAUUCAUCAGAGAAUUCAUACUGGAGAGAAACCUUACAAAUGUAAUGAAUGUGGCAAAGCCUUUAAGCAAUAUUCAAGCCUCAUAAGACAUCAGAAUAUACAUCCUGGAGAGAAACCACACAAAUGUAUUGUGUGUGGUAAGGCUUUUAUCAAACGUUCACACCUUUGGGGUCCUGAGAGAACACAUACUAGAGAGAAGCCAUACAAAUGUACUGAAUGUGGCAAGGCCUUUAGACAACAGUCUGACCUCAGGAUUCACCAAAGAGCUCAUGCUGGAGAGGAACCUUAG